AUGUCUAACAGAGACUCACCAGAAAUUCGAAAAACGAGAUCAACCAGCUCGCGUGGACGUUGGUCUCUCAGUGGUUUAUGGAAUGGUGAAGGAGUUAACGGACCCUCGACGAAUGGAAAAGGUCCGAAUGUUCCAAAAAGAUCCACUUCGCUUUCUUCAACCAAUGGCCGACCCACAUUACUCAGAUCUCACUCAUCAGGCAUUUCAAGACCCGAAUUAAUUAAAAGGACUGCAUCAGGGACUGGAUUUACUUAUCGUGACCCAGACUCAUCAGAUGAAGAAACCGAUUACGUGCCAGAUUACAUCCCCCCAAGCUUACAGCGAAAGAUGACUGCUAAUUCAGGUUCUACUCGUGGAGAUAAUGGCAGCGUCAGACCACCAUUGGAACGUACUCGAUCUCUGACUCAACAAAAUUUCCAAAAUAAUCACAGGUCUAGCUCCGGUACGCACCUUUCGAGAACAAGAUCCAUCGAUUCAAAUUCCACUGUACUCGGACGUCCAAGUUCUUCAUCUGGACUCUCAGACUCUAGGCAAGAUAGUGUAAGUAAACUUUAUCAGAAAUGGGAAUUGGAGAGAAGAAGCAGAAGUCGAUACAACUCACCCGAUAUCUCUAGGAGUUCCAGUAGAAAUGGACUAAAUCCGCCAUCUGAAUCAUCUAGAAGUGUAAGCAGAGGCAGGUUGAAUACUUCAUCCAGGUCAGGAAUUUCUUCUUAUCGUGAAAGUUCCCUUGAGAGAGCUGAGAUAAGGAAAAGGCAAACGGAGGAAUUAAGGAUCGCUACUCGUGAAGACAUGGAAAAAGCUUUUGGUAAAUUUAGAAUAAACCCAAGACUCAAAGAUUUUGUCGGUAGGCAAAGUCCAAAUCCUUCUAGAGUCGCAAGUCCUUUAGGGUUCCAACGUUCUAAUUCUCGUAGCAAUAACUUACAGUCUGAUAAUUUAAAUGGUCUACCUUCAAUUACCGAAUCUUCUCCUAUAAAACCUAGCUUUCCAAAUUGA